AUGUUAUUCCAACAACCUGAAGAAGAAGAACUUCAAAUCGAAAAUAAAUACAUAAAGGGCAAAAAAAUCGGCGAAGGAACUUAUGCUAAAGUGUAUCAAGGUAUCGAGCGCGAGACUGGUCGAACAGUUGCUAUCAAAAAAAUAAAACUUGUUCAAACUGAAAUUGGAAUUCAAGGCAUAGAAAUGUCGGCUGUAAAAGAAAUAAAAAUGUUGAGAGAAUUAAAACAUAUUAACAUAAUCGAGUUGAUUGAUAUUUAUUCACAUAAAGCAAGUUUGAAACUUAUCUUGGAAUAUUUGGAUUCUGAUUUGGAGAUGAUAAUAAAAGAUCGGUCACUUGUGUUCAUUCCAGGAGACAUAAAAAGUUGGAUCUUGAUGACUUUAAGAGGAUUAGACCAUUGCCAUCGUAAUUGGAUUUUACAUCGGGACAUGAAACCAAACAAUCUAUUGGUUGGUAAGGAUGGUCAAUUGAAACUUGCUGAUUUUGGUUUGGCAAGAGAUUUUGCUAGUCCUCAAAUCAAAAAUAUGUCACCUCAAGUUGUUACUAGAUGGUAUCGAGCUCCUGAAUUAUUUUUUUCUUCAACAUUAUACGCAUAUGGUGUUGACAUAUGGUCGGUUGGUUGUAUAUUUGCAGAAUUGAUGUUACGUACACCUUAUUUACCUGGUGAUACUGACAUUGGACAACUUGAAAUUAUUUUUAAAGCUCUAGGAACUCCAUCUGAAGAAGAUUGGCCGGGAUUUAAUGAAUUAGCUGGUAAUUUAAAGUUUCAAAAAUAUACAAGAACACCACUGAAACAACUUUUCACAGCUGCUAGUAACGAUGCAAUAGAUUUAUUGGAAAAAAUGUUAACUUACGAUCCAAAUAAAAGACUUACAACACGAGAGGCUUUGUUUCAUCCUUACUUUCUUUCAAGUCCAAAACCAACACCGCCUGAAAAAUUACCAAAACAUCAAAAGAAUUUAUCGUCAACAUCACCACCACAAGAGGAUCUACCAAAAGAAGGAAUUGAAAAUUAA